AUGAAUGCCUCUGCUCCCAGGCUCUAUGCAGGAGGGUUGGGCCAUGGAGCAGACAGGGGGAGAUAUCUUCACUCCUCUCUGCCCCAGCUGACCUCCAAGGACGGGGCGGUCAUCUCCAUGGGUGCUGAUGUCCAAUUCCGGGUGUGGGAUCCCGUGUUGUCCGUCAUGAUGGUGAAGGACCUCAUCGCGGCCACCCGGAUGACGGCGCAGAACGCCAUGACCAAGACCUUGGGGAAGAAGAGCCUCCGUGAGAUCCAGGUGGAGAAGCUGAGGAUCGGGGAGCAGAUGCUGCUGGAGAUUAACGACAUGACCAAGUCCUGGGGCCUGGAGGUGGACAGGGUGGAGCUGAGCAUGGAAGCUGUGCUGCAGCCACCCCGGGAGAGCCCGGUGGGUCCUCUGGCCACCGUGCCACCCAUGGCUGGGCUGGAGGGGCUGGAUGGCACCAUUCAACAGCUGGCUGCCCACUUCUUCAGCAACACCCUGGCUCUGGCGGGCAGCAAGACCGGCGCUCCAGAGGCAGCAGACAGCGUGGAGAUGGUGAAUGAGGUGGAGCCUCCCACCGCUCCCCUCCUUCCCACCGCUGGCAGCACCUGGAGAAAGCCCAGUGCAGAUGAACUGUUUGCAGCAGUAGAACCCGUCCUCUCCGAGGCCCUGGUCACCCAGGUGGGAGCAUCCUACCAGGUCAACAUCGUCCUGCCCAGCGGCGCCUGGAGCACCUACUUCAUAGACCUCUCCUCAGGCAGCGGACGGGCUGGCCGAGGUGUGCCCGAGGGCAGCCCCGACGUCGUUCUGGAGGUGGCGGAGAAAGACCUGCAGGACCUCUUCUUGGGCGACCUGCGCCCCUUGAGUGCCUACAUGAGUGGGAAGCUGCAGGUGAAGGGUGACCUGCACCUCGCCCUGAAGCUUGAGGAGCUCGUCAAGGCGAUGAAGCAGCAGAGAUAGAGCAUGCGUGUGGGGGGCCUGUCUGUGUGCAUGUGUCUUUGUAGGUGUGCAAAGGACGGGGAGGGGGGGACACACAACUUAUAGGGGUGCUGCGUGGUGGGGGCCUUGCACUGCUGGACCUCCUUCCCCAUGGAGGCUGCAGGAGCUGGGUGAAGACCUGAGCAGGGAAACUGAGGCUGAGCUCCAUUGCCUGUCCUUGUCUUUACCCACCUUGCCCAUCCUUCCCCUAUGAUGUUAUGGGAUGGGAACCAGUUGGCACCCCAGUACGUGCCAGUUUGCUUCUAGAUUCCUUGGCCAAAGUACCACCAAGGGCAGAGAACGAUGUCCUGCUGCCCUCACAAAAUGUCCUGCAUGGUUGGUCAUCUCAGACUGAGUGGGCAGGACUGAGAAGAGCUUGGAGACACUGUGGCUAAGGACAGUCAUCAUGGAGUGGGGUGGGGUGGGCAACCAGAGUGGGGCAGGAGGGCUGGCUGGACCAGGUUGGGAUGCCACCAGUGGGUUGGGCUUGGGGGGUCCAGCGUGGCACGAUGCUGCCAUUGAUUGGGGAAGGGGCAGAGGUGGAGAUUUGGGAGUGACCUUCCUGGAGCUACCUGAGCCUUCCCUGAAGAGUGGUUUGAGAUAAGUCAUUAAUUUGUGCUUCAAAGUGCUUUUGCAUGUGCGCUGUGAGGUCUGUCCUGGGGUGGGGGGCGAUGUGGACUGUAUAUAGGCGUAUAUAUAGAUAUUUAUUUAUUUAUUUUGUAAGCUUCCUUUCUAUCUCCUCUCUGUGGACAAUAAACCUGGUCUUGCAGCCUU